AUGUUGCCACUUCUAGAUAUUAGCCACAUUCUUUCAAAUGAGCUACAGUUCUUCCCGCGCUAUGAGAUACGGGACGCCCACCAGUACACCAACACGCCCACACCAUCACACACACCUAUAAUAACCCACUACAACCCACUAGGACGCCCACCAGUACACCAGCACCCCCACACCAUCACACACGCCUAUGAUAGCCUACUACCACUUACUAAGACGCCCACCAUCACACCACCACGCCCGCAGCCACCCACGCCCAUCACAGGCUACCCACUACUUUGUAUACUCCUACCACCAUCCACUAGAAUGCCCAUCAUCACACCAACACGCCCACAGCCACCCACGCCCACCAUAGCCUAUCCAUUACCUUAUAUACGCCCACCAACACCCACUAGGACGCCCACCAGUACACCAACACGCCCACACCAUCACACGCCUAUCAUAACCCACCACAACCCACUAAGACGCCCACCACCACGCCCACAGCCACCCACGUCCAUAAUAGCCUACUAA